AUGAGGGCGUUUCGCUAUAAUGUGAUUAGCUGCUUGUUUAGAGCAUCUCCUCGACCGACGGCCGUCAUAACGGUCCUCAGGGAAAAAACUUUCGUAAGUCUCCGUCUCUGCUGAGCGAAGCCAUGGCCCGGAGUGAAGGGGUGAACCAGGAGCUCUCUGAGGUGCUAAACGAACUCUGGCGUCUGGAUGCCAACCGUCUGAAACCAGGGACCGACUACACCAUUUCCCCCCAGGGAAGGGCUGGUUAUGUGGCUCACGGCUCCAACUACGCCUCGGACAGGGCCAGGGCCCCGCUCUUCACUUACGUCAAUGAAGACAAGCUGAAAAGCAUAAAGACUUAUGCUUAUUUCAUCAGCUUGCUGGACAACUAUGAGAUGUCUACCGGCGUGUCAGAGAAAGUCACCAGAGAGGAGCUGAAAGAGAACCACCUCUUUCUAGAUGCCAUCCUGGAGACCGAUGUCAUGAAGUGUGCUCACAAGUAUCUGGUCAGCAAGGGGCAGUCGCCAUCGGACCAGAUGCAGUUCAAGAGACAGCUGUAUGACACCUGGUUCCGCCUCUACCACAGGGACAGGAGUGGAGGUGAAGAUUCAUGUGGAUUUGAACAUGUGUUUGUUGGGGAAACCAAAUAUGGCCGGGAGAUAAUGGGCCUUCAUAAUUGGGUCCAGUUCUACCUACAGGAGAAGCUUGACCAUGUUGACUACAAAGGCUACAAAGCAAGGAGCAACAAAAGCACGCCUGAUGAAGAUGACCAUGUCUUGAACCUGCAGUUCAGCUGGAAGGGGCUGGUGAAGCCAUUAGGGGGUUCCUUCAUUGGUGUCAGUCCCGAGUUUGAGGUGGCUAUCUUCACCAUCGUCUUCCUCAUGUCCACUGAAAAGAUGACAUCUGUGGUGGUGAAAGUGGAUGAGUACGUGCUCGAGUUGAUCGUUUAUCGGCACGGGCGAUCCAUUGGCACUUCCUACCCUAAACUGCUCAGCAGCAAUAACAGGGACCUGUAAAUAUCAGCUCCGCCCCAGCCAAUAAACAUUUUCUCUGUUAAAGGUGAAGCUGUUUUAAAAAGACAUAUAUCUUGAUAACACGACAACAAUAAUGACGGCACACAAUAACAAAACAAUAACAAAUCAAAUAAAACAAUAACAAAAAACAAUAACAAAUAAAAUAAAACAAUAACAAAAAACAAUAACAAGAACGAAUAAUAUAGUUACACAAUAACAGAAACAUAUUACGCACAAUUAGUGGAAUGAUAGUAUGCAUGCCAAUGGUGUGAGGAGGGGAGGAGGAGGUCUAUUGUUUACUCUGUAAUCUUUUUUUUUCUAACUGGUGAUUUUUGGUAAUUGGAUUUGGCCCUAAUUUUGGUUGUUGAGCAGUUUAUAACGUUAUCUGGCCCUGUUUGGGUUACUAUUCUACCAUACGAUUCUUGCUCCUGCUAUUCCUUCAUGGGCCUGUCUUAAAUACCAUAUGCUCGCAGUAAAGCGACGGGAGACAAAGUGCUCCUUUGCUUUUUGUGUGUGAGAGGAGGAAAAGGCGACACGGUGGCGCAGUGGUUAGCGCGGCCGCCUCACAGCACGAAGGUCCAGGGUUCGAACCCCGGGGAAGUCCAACCUGGGGGGGGGUCGUGUCGUCAUCAUCCCGGGUCGUCCUCUGUGUGGAAUUUGCAUGUUCUCCCCGUGUCUGCGUGGGUUUCCUCCGGGUGCUCCGGUUUCCUCCCACAGUCCAAAGACAUGUGGGUCAGGUGAAUCGGCCAUAUUAGAUUGUGUGUGUGUGUGUGUGUGUGUGUGUGUGUGUGUGUGUGUGUGUGUGUGUGUGUGUGUGUGUGUGUGUGUGUGUGUGUGUGUGUGUCCGUCCUGUGAUGGUCUGGCGGCCUGUGUUUCAGUAGGCUAUCUUAUAAAGAAUGACACACACACGAGUUGCUCAGUGCAGCCAAGUAUAAUCAAAGUGAUGUAACAUGUUCCUGAGCACGGGUCAUGUGUAUCUAAGGUAAACUAGUGGAUAGCCGAUGGCAUCGAUCUAUCUAGACCCGUAACAUCCUCCUUUUCCAAGUAUAAACACAUACACAUGAAGUUAGUGCAAAAUAAAAUUACUUUCAUAUACGAACAACCAAUAACAGUGCAACAGCAGUAAAUCUCUUCAUAUCCCAUACCAGUGUAAUAACCACAGUAGCGUAUGAUAACAUUUCUCCUCUUUUCCCCCUCUCUCCCACAUAGCAACCAUCAACAUUAUUCAGAUUACAUAGUGAGUUUCAGUGGAGGU